AUGGCCAUGAAGAUUAUUCUGCUCUCUCUCCCUUUGUCGGCAUUUGCAGCAGUGGCUGCGCCUUUGCUUGAUGUGGUAUCUGGAUUGCGAACGGUUGACUGGGACAGGUCCGAGGCGCGCCUGUUUGCGAGUAAGAGAUAUGGCAACUGGGGUGCCCAGAAAUCGUUGCCAUUGAAUGCGCAGUGUCAAACAAUCCCAAGCGCCAACAGGCUAUACCACAAUGUUGGAUCUUUGUAUAUCCCCUGCGGGGUCGAUACAAGCGAGAAGAAAGCUAUGUGCACCCUGUACAGUGAUCCCAACUGUCAAGACGUCAUGGUAACCUUCGACCACUCGCACUACAGACUCUUGGAUCGCGGACACGAGGAAACCGUACUGACAUCAUACGUCGGUAAACUGAUUGAGAGCGUCAAGUGCGAGAUGGUCAACAUCUCAAUGGAAGUUUCAAACAGCAACGGCCACGUCUCAACCAGUCACAUGUCCCAAUGUGUCGGUGACAAGUGCGCUUCCGAUCAUGGGUGCCACAGUAAUGUCGGCGGUAAAAUCUUCUGCUCCGAGAGAAUGAACAUGACUUGCCAACGAGGUCGUUAUCUUGAGAUGGAUUCCGAAUGCACCGAGAAUCAUCAAUGCAUUGAGGGAUCCUGCGUUGAGGCGAAUGGGCGGGAUUUGUGUUUGCAUCUGGAGACAGCCUGCCCGUAUUCACGUGUUUGCAUUGACAGAGAUGAUAGAGACAGUUCGGUUUUAGGCUGCUGUGACUUUGAUGACCUAGGGAACAGUGUUGACCUUGCUAUCAAUUCUUGCAAGAGCACCGGUGCGGAAUGUUACGGGCACUCAACAUGCUGCAGUGGAGAAUGUUUACUUGACGAGAUGCUUGUGCUGGGCCAGUGCAUGUAG